AUGUUCGGUUUACCUCAACAACAGCCAAGCGAGGAAGAAAAGAAGCUUCAUCAACAGCAGUCAAACCAAACUCUGGUUACUGCUGGUUACGUAGCAGCACUAUUAUGGGUCUCACCUAUGGUGUGGCAUUUCGUUAAGAAGCAAUGGAAGUGA